AUACCCAAACCUCCCCUUCAUUCAUUUUCAUUAUCUUGAAAGAAAAGAACAAACACCCCAAAUUUUGUUUUGCAGCCAAACAUUGAGAUGGGUAUUCUUGGAGCUAUGGCUAAACAUUUAGAUGCAAUUAUUGGGCCUGGUGUUAUGCUUCUUUUUCCUUUAUAUGCAUCAAUUAGAGCAAUUGAGAGUCCUUCAAGUCUUGAUGACCAGCAAUGGCUGACUUAUUGGGUUAUAUAUUCUCUCAUAACCCUCUUUGAACUAACAUUUUGGAAGAUCUUGGUUUGGAUUCCACUUUGGGGAUAUGUUAAGCUGGUGGCUUGUUUGUGGUUGGUUCUACCAAUUUUCAAUGGGGCAGCUUAUAUUUAUGAGAACAUAGUGAGGAAAUAUGUUAAGAUUGGAAGAUAUGUGAACCCAAACUAUCCAGAGAAUCAAAAGAAAGUACUUCAGAUGAUGACUUUGGAUUCUAGGAAAUCUGUGGAGCGUUACAUCGAUAGAUAUGGACCGGAUGCUUUUGAAAGAGUAGUUAAAGCUGCUGAAAGAGAAGCAAGGAAACACUGAGACGAAAUCCUUCUACGAUGAAGUCGAAGAAUCGUGGAUGUUUUAAGGUUUAUAAGGCUGGAGAAAUGGUUGGGUUGUAUUUGUAGUACGAAUGUUCUGUACUUUGUGUGUUUAUGUAUUAUGCACAAGAGGGAAAACAAUUCAAGGGGGAUUUUUUAAUUUUUUUAUUUACUUUUUGUGUGUGUGGAUAAUAGCUGUAAAGAAAAAGAGUUUGUAACGAAUAAUAAUGUUCUUCUAAAUACCUGGCAA